AUGCCUCCGAUCCGUAGCUCCAGAAACCGCAAACCCCCACCCGAUGGAUUCGAAGACAUCGAAGACACGCUGCUCGAAUUCUCCAACAAACUCAAGGACGCCGAGAACGCUUCGCAUGAAGGAAAGAAAAAGCAGGAAAUGGUCUGGCCCGUCUUCCAAAUCACCCACCAGCGCUCCAAAUACAUCUAUGACCUCUACUACGAGAAAGAAGCCAUCUCGAGACAACUCUACGAGUGGCUGUUGAAGAACAACUACGCCGACAAGAACUUGAUCGCAAAGUGGAAGAAGCAAGGCUACGAAAAGCUCUGCUGUCUACGAUGCAUCCAGACCAAGGAGACCAACUUCAAUAGCACGUGCAUCUGUCGCGUGCCCCGUAAGAACCUCAAGGAGGAUCAGGUUAUCGAGUGCGUCAACUGCGGAUGCCGAGGAUGUUGCAGUGCCGACUAA